AUGGCCCCCAAGGAAGAGAAGGGAAAAGGCAAAGUUCCCAGUGAAACUUUGCAUACCUUGUUCUCGUGGCAGUUGUGUGAGAUGACAGCGGAGAGCUCCACAGCCAGUUCUGAUGUCCCUUUGGUCCCUAUGGAGCAACCAGGGCUUUUCCCAGCCCCUCCUCCUUCAGAGGCCGAGACCACCACUCCAAGUGUGGUGUUGGGUGGGCUAAGAGGAAGGGUAGCCAGUGUGGUGGGGAAGAUGCCGGAGCCUGCACACAGACUGAGCACACUUGAAAGCGAGUUUGUGGAGGCAGCACGGCAUUGGGCCUUUUUGCAACAUCGGAAGGACCAAGAGGAGAGUCCCAUCCAUUUGCAAGCACUUGGCACAUACCAUGGUCUCCAGGACCUUAGUUUGAACAGAGGGUACAAGACUGGAGGCUCAUGGCCACCUAGUGAGCUCCAGAAGGAGAAAGCCCAGCAUGCGAAGAAGAAGGCUGCAGUUGCAGUAUGUGACAAGAUCACGAAGCUCACCAGACUCUUGGAAGAGGUGGUGAUGGAUGAAGGGGAGGAGUUUGCGGAGGUGGUGAGAAGGGGUGAGGAAGAGGGGGAGGAGGAGACUGAGGAGGAGUUGGAGGGCGAGGAUUUGGAGGGUUUUGAGGGUCUGUUUGGUCCUUUUGGUGGUUUUGGUGGUGUGGGCAGUGCAGGCGGACUGGGUGGUUUGGGUGGUUUGGGUAUUGCUGUGUAG